AACGCUGCUUCUGCGGCUGUAAAUAGACCUCAUCGGAGCAAAGCUGCGUUUUGCUCACUUUGACAGAUGUGAUCCUGUAUUUAAUGAUCGUUAUCCAGGCGGGACUGAGAGCUAUCGGCAGCAGCUGUCACCUAAACGAUAUCAGAUGCCCUCAACUGGAGUGACCUGGAUGUGAAACUGGAAUAAAGGCCGUAUCUCGCUUUAUUUUGACACAACCCUGCGAUACCAACGGGGUGGCUGCAGUAACAGCGGGGCAGCUAGCUAACUUUAUCAACCUGCGCUUUCACCCGUAUUUAAUUUUUCUGAACAUCAUAUCCAUCGUGAAAAACAUGAACGGACUUCGGAGGUUCAUUUCUGACCGGCUGAAUUAGUUGUCCUGCUUUGUGAAUAAUGGAAAACAGGUGCCAAGAGGAGCAGGAGACAAUGUUGUUAUUAGCCAGUUAGCUAACGUUAGCUCGGCUAGCCGUUAGUUAACUACAUCAAAUUAGUGGGCUGAGUUAGCUCGGCUAACUCAGCCCACUAAUUUAAAUAGGCACGCACAUUAUAAUACUUUGUUUGCUGCCUAUCGUUAGCGUCUUUGAUAGAUUUGCUCAGUGACAGUUUUUUUUUUACGGUGAAACUCUUUUUAGCCAUUUUUUUCUGCUGUUAACUAAGCUAGCUAGCAGGCUAACCAGUUGUGCCGAUCAGCGCUGAGCUGCUGUGGUGUCACUGCAAUCUGUUGGCUGCAGAUAUUAUUGUUUAACUGUCAAGCGGACGACAACCAUGGCUCAAGAAGCGUUUCCUCUGCAUUUUCUGGUGUGGAACAAUCAGUACCUGGAGCUUGAUAGAGAGCUGCAGAAGAAAGAGCAGGAUGUGGAGCGCCUGGAUCCGAGAGGGCGCACCCCGCUGGAGCUGGCUGUAUGUCUGGGCCACCUGGAGUCCACCCGGGUGCUGCUCAGGCACACUGCAGACCCGACACACAACAACUCACAGGGCUGGACCAUCCUGCAGGAGGCGGUGAGCACCGGGGACCCGGAGCUGGUUCAGCUGGUGCUCCAGUACAGAGACUUCAAACGUGCCACUGAGAGGCUGGCGGGCAUCCCAGAGCUGCUCAGCAAACUAAGACAGGCCAGAGACUUCUAUGUGGAGAUGAAGUGGGAGUUCACCAGUUGGGUGCCCUUGGUGUCAAAGGUAUGUCCCAGUGACAUCUACCGGGUUUGGAAGAGCGGCUCGUGCCUCCGCGUGGACACCACCCUCCUGGGCUUCGAGCACAUGACCUGGCUGAAAGGGCGACGCAGCUAUAUCUUCAAGGGUGGAGAUGACGGUGCUGUGGUAAUGGAGGUGGACCAUGAGAAGCAGGUGGUGUACACGGAGCCACUUGUGUUGUCUCCACGUGACGCGCCCUCCCUCCUGGCAGCCAUGCAGCCGUCGCAAGAGAACACAGCCCAGAGACUGACAUCGCCCAUCGUCUCCACGCACCUCAACACACGCAACAUUGCCUUUGAACGGAACAAGUCGGGGAUCUGGGGCUGGCGUUCUGAGAAGAGUGAGGUGGUCAGCGGAUAUGAAGCCAAGGUUUACAGUGCUACCAAUGUGGAGCUGGUGACUCGGUCAAGGACAGAGCAUCUAUCAGACCAGGAUAAAUCGAGGAGCAAAGGCUCAAAGACUCCUCUGCAGUCCUUCCUGGGGAUUGCUGAACAACAUACAGCUCACAAUGGGAGUAACGUGUCCCAGUGUGCCAGUCCCCACAACCCAACAGCCAUCACAGCUGAGGAGUACUUCAACUUGGAUUUCAACCUGAACGGCCGGGACAUCGGACGUCCCGUUGAGCUUACCAGUAAAGUCCAGAGGUUUAAAGCAACGCUUUGGUUGAGUGAGAGUCACCCUCUGUCCCUGGCCGAGCAGGUGACACCCAUCAUUGACCUCAUGGCUAUUUCUAAUGCCCACUUUGCCAAGCUACGUGACUUCAUCACCCUGCGCCUGCCACCAGGCUUCCCUGUCAAGAUAGAGAUCCCCCUGUUUCACGUGUUGAAUGCCAGAGUGACGUUCAGUAACCUGUGUGGCUGCGACGAGCCGGUCAGCUCUGUGACGGUUCACACACCAGAGGGCUCCGAAGAGGCUGGUCAGGCCCCCCCUCCCUUCCACUGUGAGGUGGACCCCUCGGUAUUUGAGCCCCCUGCAGACUACACCACCCUCGGUCCAGGCCGCAGCGAGCCAAUGAGAGACGAGGAUGACAACCUGCUGCAGUUUGCCAUCCAGCAGAGCCUGUUGGAUGCUGGGACAGAAAGUGACCAGGUGACCAUCUGGGAGGCCCUGACCAACAGCCGCCCGGUGCCGCCGUCUCCGCUGUACGAGGAAGACUCUCAGUUGGAGAGGGCGAUCCAGGAGUCUCUGUCCAUCUCACUGGCCAGCAGAGAGGGAGAUGACACAGCCGACCCCAGCCAGCCCACCUCCGUGUCCCCGUCAGACCCCAGCGGCAACUCCCCGCUCUCCUACAGCCAAGUGACUGAUCCACGGUUGUCGGGACACUUCAGUGUGGCAUCGAGCUUUGAUGAGCAGCUGCGUAUCGCCAUGGAGCUGUCGUGCCGGGAGCAGGAGGAGAUUGACAGGAAGCAGAAGGAGGAGGAGGAUGAGCUGGAGAGGAUCCUGCAGCUGUCACUCACCGAGAAGUAAUGUCACAACAACAACAACAACAACAACAACAACAACAACAAUGGAGGCGCGUCUUCAUUGGGGAACAAUCUUCUUAAUUUAUUCUGUUUUUAUUUUUUAAAUCUUGAGAUAUUAAGUUAUUACAAAUGUUUUAUUUGUCUUUCUCACAUGAAGGCUGCUACCACAGAGUGUACAGGACCAGAUUAUGAGAGGUGUGGAGGGAUAAAUAAGAAGAGGUGGAAACAGGUACUCUAAAACACACUACGUGAAGGAGGAGACAAAAGGGAGAGAGUCUUUGUUUUUCUUUUUUAUUGAAUAUUUUUCACAGUCUUGCUGUCUUUAUGGAGUGAUGAAUGAUCCUUAAACUUUAAACCUAUAACAUGUUCCAUGAUAAUGAUGAAAAAUAAGAAAAAUACAAUCUUAAUGGAAUAACUUAUAAAAAUAUGAUUAUAACAUUUAUGUUGGCUUACUCCUAUAUGUGAAAAAUAAAGAAUAAUGAUCACCCGUGA